AUGGAGCAUGGACUAGUAUUUGUGAUAGUGGUCUGGGGAUAUCAAGAAGCAUUUGUAGUGUGUAGACAAUUAGGUCUACCAGCAACAGAUGCACAAUCUGUUUAUUAUUCUAAUUCUUUUGGAUAUGGACAUGGAAUACCAACAUUGUACAACUGGAGAUGCAUUGGGAAUGAGUCGAGUUUGAAUCAUUGCUUAAAGUCUACAUCAAGCUGUUACUAUAGUUAUCGUAGUGUGUACAGGAUAUCUGGAGUUAGAUGCAAAGGAAGCAUUGUACCAGGAAAUUGUUCUACUGGUAGUAUGCGUCUUGUUGGUCCUAAUGGUCCUAAUAAAGUGGAAGGGAGAGUAGAGUAUUGCAGUAAUGGAGUGUGGGGUACUGUUAGUAGAUAUGGAUUUGAUGUUAGAGAUGCUCAUGUAGUAUGUAGAAGACUUGGUCAUCAGACACCACGAGCUUUGAUAUUUUGGAAUGCAUAUGGUCAAGGAUCUGGCCCAGUAGUGUUUCGCAAUUUAGGAUGUACUGGAAAUGAAGAUAGAUUAGAACAUUGUACUUACUCAACAAGUCCAUAUUAUGCUAGUCACACAACUGAUGUUGGUGUGAAAUGUUCAGAGAGAGUAUUAACUGACUGUAUUAAUGGCAGUGUGCGACUGGUUAAUGGUACUACACCAGAUGAAGGAAGAGUGGAAGUUUGCAUCAAUGGAGAAUGGGGAACUGCUUGUAGUCAGUACUGGGAUAAAAGUGAAACUAAAGUUGUUUGUAAGCAGUUAGGAUACAGCCAAGCAGCAGAGGGAUCAGUGUUUAGAUAUUCUGAAUUUGGGUAUGGGGACUAUCAACAAAUUUUAUGGAAUAUUCAGUGUACUGGAUCAGAAACUAACUUAGCAUCUUGUAAUAAUUACCACAAUAGUAAUUGCUAUUAUGGAUACACUGUUGGUAUUAAAUGUUACAAUACAACAAAUUGCACUCAUGGUGAAAUAAAUUUGUAUGGGGGACAGUCUGAUGCUGAAGGAGAUUUACAAAUUUGUUAUAAUGGAAUGUGGGUUUUUGUGUGUGAUACAUUUUUUUGGUGGUGGAUUCCACCAAAUGUUGUGUGCAGACAGCUGGGUUACCAAGAUAACAACUGGGCUUCAUAUUCAUAUAAUUCAUUGUUUGGUUCAAAUAACAAUGUUGCUCCAAUGGUGUUAGUUCGAUUUUCAUGCAGUGGAAAUGAAAAUUCACUAGAUUAUUGCUCCAAUUAUACUUACAAUCAUUACUGUGAUAGAGCAUUUGGGUUUCUAUGUUCAA